GGGUACUCACUUCCUGUUGCUUUGACUCAGGUGGCAGUUGACCAGAUUCUUUCGCUUAGCAACUAGCCGCGUGCAGCUCGGAUGAGCCUUCAGGGCAACACCAACAAGUUCCGCUAAUUGCAAACCUGACUACCCAAGGAAUUCCAGCUUCGGGUGCUGUGCAAAGCCUUCUGGGUAACAGAGUCCACACACUGAGGUUGCCGUUGGGUGCGAGCGGCGGGAGGACUACAACUCCUAGGAUGCAAAGGCGGAGCUGCCUCCUGGCAUGAUGGGAAAAGUAGUUUGUUCUGCUCCAGCUCGCCGCUAACCCCAGCUCGCUGGGCACGUGCGGCGUCUCAGGGCGUCGACUGUGCCGUUCCUAAGCCGGUUCGCCUUUUUCUCUACAACGCCAUUGACACGAAACACGAAGGCAUUCCUGAGCCUUUUGGGAACCGGGUGGAAAGAGGAGAGGGUGGGUCCGGACGGUGACCCGGAAGCAGAAGUGUUCCUAGCCGUGGAGUGCUGGGAAGCGGCAGCCGCGACCACAGCGGGAGAAGCAGCACUCUAGCCGCCUGCAGCCCCAACCUGGGAGGAAGAUGCUAAUUAAAGUGAAGACGCUGACUGGAAAGGAGAUUGAAAUUGACAUUGAACCCACAGACAAGGUGGAGCGAAUCAAGGAGCGUGUGGAAGAGAAAGAGGGAAUCCCCCCACAACAGCAGCGGCUCAUCUACAGUGGCAAACAAAUUGAUGGAACUAUACGGGAUAGGCGGGGCCAGAACAUCCGACUGUACCCCGAGGUGCCUGAAGUCUUGGACAGAUUGCAGAGCCUUGGAGUGCCAGUGGCCGCUGCUUCUCGGACAGGUGAGAUAGAAGGGGCCAACCAACUACUGGAGCUCUUUGACCUUGUCAAAUAUUUUGUUCAUCGGGAAAUAUAUCCAGGCAGCAAAGUCGCACACUUUGAGAGGUUGCACCACAAGACUGGAGUUCCUUUCUCUCAGAUGGUCUUCUUUGAUGAUGAGAAGCGGAAUAUCAUAGAUGUGGGCAAACUUGGUGUUACCUGCAUUCACGUCCAGAAUGGAAUGAGUCUGCAAACACUGACUCAAGGAUUAGAGACAUUUGCAAAGGCCCAGGCUGGACACUGAGGUCCAAACAAUGGGUAAGCCUCAUC